AUGACCCAGCUUUAUUCACCUGAAGUUGUGCUGAAGAACACAGCGGAGGCUGUUAUUGUUCCAUUAAAAGACGGCAUCUCCACCCUGAAUGAAGUCUAUCAGGCCCUGAUUAAAGCAGAUGUAGAUCCUGUUUCUGGGCAAUGCUCCAACUACGACUACAUCAGACAGCAGAUAGUGCAGGCUCAUCAACUCCUGGAGCAGUCAGAACAGACGGCCAGUUCAGGGUUAAAGAGUCUGGAUGAAAACUUGGAGAGACUUACACAAGAUGAGGGAAAACUCAAACGUGAGAUAAAUCAUACAAAAAAAAACUUAGAGAACUUGAGAACAGAGCAGGCAUCUAGUGAAAAAAUUGUCAGAGAAUCUCAGGGAGAUCUGGAGCUGGCCAGGACAAAUCUGAAUUCAACAAAACACACACUUCAGAAUCAGGAAAGCAGGAAAUAUAAUGCUGGAAUAGUCACAGGUGUUGGGGCGGGGCUGUUUUUAAUACCAGGUGUUGGAUGGAUUGCAGGUUCUGCCAUGUUGAUUGUUGGUGCAGUUGAAAUGGCUCAGUCAGUGCAUGCUAUCAGAGAGGCUGAAGAGGAAGUGAGAAAGUCUGAUACUGAAGUGAAAAAAUACCAAUGUAAAGUGUCCAAGUAUGAGUCCAAAAUUUCCCAGACCAGGCGUGACAUCAGUGAGAAAGAUGACAAGCUGAAGCAGACGCAUGAAGAAAUCCAGAAGGUGAAGAAGCAGAUCGAGUCUGUAGCUGAUUUCCAGGAGAAAGUGAGAAGUGCCGUCCACCUCCUGGGUGUUCUGAGUGGGAGGGCCAGCGUGGCUGAACAUCAGACUCGCAGAUUCAUCCUCCAGGAGCCUGUGAUGAAGGUGAUGGAGGAUGUGAUGAAGGCCACAGAGAAAAUCACAGGGAAUGAGCUCCUCUACAACAAUGACAUAACAAGGCUCCUGGAUCAGCUGAAGGAGAACAGCCAGAAGUUGGCAGCCAUGUCUGCCUCGGAGAACAGCUCUAACCACUUAUCACUGGUUAUGUUGUUUUAAACAGAUGUUCACUGAAUAAUGGA